AUGAUACAACAAACACAAAGAAAUCCAAUAUUUAAUCCAUCAAUGACAGUAAUAAGAAAAUCAAAAUCACGACAGAAACAAUUGAUUGUUACUAAUAAACGAUAUAUAACACCAAUAGUUAAAUUACCAACAAUUGUAAACAAAAUGUCAGCAAGAGUUCUUAAUUCAAGUCAAUCAGCUAAUAUUCAAGACUCAUUACCAUCUCAAAAACCAUCUUCAACAGAUACAAAUCAAUCAUCGUUUCCUAAAUUAUUUAAGCCAAUCAAUGCAAAAAUACAUUUGCCAGCCAUGAGUGAUCAUGUUGUUAAAGAAAAUCUCACGCAAAAAGCAAUAUUAAGAUGCAAAUCACCACAAGCUUCAAGUAUAUUCAGUCGAUCAAAUACUUUUAUAAAUGUUGAGCCUGAAGAAGAAACGAAAAGUUAUCAUCCACUUCAGCAUAUGGAUGUAGGUUCAUUGCUCAGUGAAUCAGCACGUAAUCGAUUGAAACGUUUAUUUAACAAACUUGAUACAGAUAAAGAUGGACAUAUAUCAUAUCCACAAGUACAAAGAUGUUUACCAUCUAAUUUUCCUCGUGCUCAACUAACAUUUUUUCGUGUGUUAUAUGAUAUAAUAAGUGGUACAACUUAUUUUGGUUUACAAGAAUUUUAUGCAACAGCUAUCAUUGUUGAAAUGGUAGCUAAACAAGAUUCAAGAUUAUGGAAUAUAUUAUUAGAUGAUGUUGAUUUUAAUUAUUAUCAUAAUAAUAUUCUUGAAUUACUAGAAGAUUUUAAUAAUCAAUGUUUAUCGGAUAGAAUUACAAUAAGUUAUGAACAACUUCUUGAAUUUAUUAGAAAACGAUUAGGAAAUAAUAAAAUUGAACGUAUAUCCAAUGAAUUAGAAUUUGUUAUGCCAAAGAUUAAAACAAUGAAAAUCAGUCGUCUAGAUUUUAUUGCUCUUAUACCAGUUAUUAUUUAUGUGGAAUCAUGUUUUGCUCAUGGACGAACAUUAUUUCGUUUUCAAGAAAAUUCUUUACUUGAUUUACAUAUACGACAAGCUUUAUUAACUUAA